CUUGAUCAACAUGGAAAAGUUACUCUUAGUUUAUUCUCUUCUCUUUUCUUUAGUGAUUAUCACAUGCUCAGCCACUACUUACACGGUUGGAGAUAGCUCUGGCUGGGACAUUAGCACAAAUCUUGAUGCAUGGAUUGCAGAUAAGAAUUUCAGAGUAGGGGAUGCUCUUGUUUUCCAAUAUUCAUCAGGCCAAAGUGUAGAAGAGGUUACAAAAGAAAACUUCAACACAUGCAACACCACCAAUGCUUUAGCAACUCAUGGAAAUGGGAACACAACAGUGCCAUUGACGAGAGCUGGAGACAGGUAUUUUGUAUCUGGAAACAAGUUGUAUUGCCUUGGAGGGAUGAAACUUCAUGCUCAUGUCCAAGGCGACGAUAAAUCACUAGCACCAACUCUAGCACCUAAGGCUGUGGCUGGAUCAGAUCAAAACACCGCCACACUUCCACAGUCUCCUUCAUCAAAGAAGAACACACAUUUUUCGGCAGGAGCGGCAAAUCCUGCAAGGGAUGCACUUCAUCUAGUUUAUAUUGCUCCUAUGGCUGCUAUAUAUGGGAUGAUGAAGAUUUGAGCAUCUAUGAAACUUUCUUUUUUUUUAUGUAUUAUUUUCAUAUUUUGUUAUAUUAAUUCGAGAGAGAAAAAAAAAGUGGCAGUUUUGCUUGGUUUGGAAGAGUCAUAUACAGCACACGUUGUACAUGAUUGUUGAACAUAUUUAAAGGACAUGCACAUUCAUAUUGUUUUAUCUGUAACAACCGUAGCAUAUUGAUCCCUCAUGAAAAUGUUAUGCACGUUCAUAUGCUCUGCCUUUGAGGUAGGGGUGAUCUUGUUACUCA